ACCCAAAUCCUUACUCGUUAGAGUAAAAUGUAAAUACUAUCUUAGAAAUAAGAAUAUAAACGCAUAUUCGAAGUACUAAAUCAUAUAUUGAAUAUUCUUUGUACCACAAAUUCUGAAAUACGUGUAUUAAUUUAAUAAAUAAAACAAUUUCUAUGAAAUUGGAGAGGUAACCCACUACUGCUACGCGAGUAAUACAAAUAUAUCAAUAUUAGAGAUUCUAUCACUUCAAAAUACAACUCAUCUCACGAAUAAUAUGGUGAAAAUAGCGCUACAAAUUAGAGCGCAGUUCGAAAAUGUAGAUAAACUAUACACAAAUCACCCCGACUAUCAGUGGUUCCUAAAAUUGAAAUGUUUAAGCUGUGGGGAGGAAUCGCAAAAAUUUCACGAUUUAACCGAAUCGGAAAAAUUACCUCUAGCACACAUGAGGUCGGAGACGAACUUAGCUAUAAAAUGCAAACUAUGUGGUAGAGAAAAUAUGAUUGAUGUUGUUGAUCAGAGCAAUGGAUUUCUAACAGGUGAUGAUACCGACUUUAAGACUAUUGUAGUGUUUGAUUGUAGAGGAAUUGAACCUAUUGAUUUUGAACCAAGGUCAGGUUGGAUUGCAGAAUCUGCUAAUAAUGGUACAAAAUUUCAAGAUGUGGAUUUAACAAGCAAAGAGUGGGAAGAGUAUGAUGAGAAGAAUAAUGUGUGCGUGUCUAUUUACGAGUUGGAGUGGAGAUUUGUUAAAGUGAAAUAAAAUUAUAAUAUAAUAUAUAUAUAUAUAAA